UUUUUUUUGUGUCUUUCAUUCUGUUUUGCCUAUUUUCUUUGCCGCUGCGCGCUGCCGCGACGCGACGUACGCACGCGUGUUGAAAGUUUUGUUGUUUAUUUUUUUUUUUUUAAAUAUAUUUUUUGCUGUUGUGCUGUGUGUGUGUGUGUGUGUUUGUGUGUGUUUGUCAUAGCCGAAUGCUAUGCGGCUGUUCUAUUAGUUAAUAUUGUUAUUUAUUUUUUUUUUGAUUGUGCUCAAUGUUCUCUGCGGCCAAUGGGAAAAUCAAGUUGCCGCCACACGAUACGGACGCAGCCGCCUCGUCCACGCUGCGCUGUCGGCUGAACAUACCCUUCCGCGAUCUGCACUUUAAUGUGGCCGAUCAUCGGCUCAUACCCGUGCACGAUGUCGUCUUCCUGGACGACAUCGAACGCAACGUUAAGCCGCUCAUCUACAGGCCCGUGCUGGCCGACACUGUGAUAGUGACGUCGACGCCGACGUCGACGCUUGUGACGUCGCCGCUGCAGCCAGCAGCAGCAGCAGCAGCAGCUGCGCAGCCGGCAGCCAACGGCAGGUGAGUGUAAAUGUGUGCGUGUGCGUGUGUGUGUGUGUGUGCUUGGCCUUGAACUUGUUUAUUUGCCUGACUUGUUGUGCCAGCAUCUUCUUUACACUUUUAUUAAGUGUG